AUGAAGAUCUUCAAGGACAUUUUCACUGACGACGAGCUCGCCUCGGACGUCUACCCCGUGGAGCUUGAGGAUGAUGUCAUCCUGAAGUUCACCACCAAGCUCAUCACCAGGACUGAGGGCAACUACGACAUGGCGGGUGACGGUGGUGGUGAGGAGACCUACGACUCCACCUCGACGACCGUGAACAACCUCGUCGAUGCUCACAAGCUCAUCGCGACUGACUUCACCAAGAAGUCCUACAUGACCCACAUCAAGGACUACAUGGCCCGCCUCCUCAAGAAGCUCGAGGCUGAGAACCCCUCGCGCGUGCCUGCCUUCAAGAAGGGCGCUCAGGGCUUCGUCAAGAAGGUCAUCGCUGACUUCGACGAGUACACCUUCUACCAGGGUGAGAAGAUGGAUAUCGACAACGGCAUGAUUGUGCUCAGCAGGUACUCCGAGGAUGGCCAGACCCCCUACUUCUUCAUGUGGAAGGAUGGCAUGAACGAGGAGAAGUACUAA